UCCAAGUGGGCUUUGCGAAGUCUAGCAUCCGUAUGAUGUGGAUCUCCUUUCAUCCAUUGAAUUGGGUAAGAUUGUAAAAUACCUGGGAUAUGCCAGGUUCAAAUGUUUGUGGUAUAGGCAUGUUCAAAUUGAUGGGUCUGUAAGCUUUAGUCCACUUUCCAAUGAUGAAGAUGCUAGACAAUUCAUUGAAGAUGUUAAAGAUAUAGCUGAAGUUGAUCUAUAUGUUGAACACAUAGUGGAAGAGGCAGAUAUUGUUCCUCUAAUUGCUUACAAGAGUGCUGAAGAUAUUCCUGAUGUGUUGCAAGUUGAUUCUGAUAGUGAUGAUGAAGUAUUGCUAGACAAGGAAACUGAGGCAGUUCAAGUGAAGGAAGCUGAGGCUAAGGGAGUUCAAGACAAGGAACCUGGGGUUGUACAAGACAAGGAACCUGAGGUUGCUCAACACAAGGAACCUGAGGUUGUACAAGACAUUGAUGAGGUGCAUGACAAGGAGCCUGAUUCAGUGCAAGACAAACAGAUUGAUGCUGAGGAUAAUCCUCAUGUUCUUGUAAAUGAAAAUGACAAGGGGAUAGAUAAGGGAAAAAGAAAGGCCAGUGAGGCACUUGCCAAUGAUGAAGAUGAGGAUUAUGAUACUGAAUUUGAUCCAGAUAAAGAAGAGGUACCCUCUGAUGUUUCAAUGGAUGACAGUGACUAUGAAGAAGAUUGGGAUUGGCUAUGUGUGCUUCCUAAAGAGUCUCUGCUGAAUAUAUCUGAGGUCACUCCAGAUCCCAGUUUUGCAGAAGGGUCUACUGAGCCAUGUACUCAAGCUGUGAAUGAGUCAAGGAACCUUGAGCCUAGUACAUUUGCAAACUUUGAAGAUGAGGAUGGUGACUCAGAGGACUUAGAAAUUCCAGCAGAGAGUGAUGAUGAAGGACAUUCUACAAGGAAAUAUCCUAAGUUCAAGGCUACUGAAGAUGGGGAGUUGGUCCACUUUGAGCUGGGUCUGACUUUCAUGAAUAAAUAUUUGUUUAAGGAUGCUGUCAAGGAUUUUGCACUGCAAAAGAGGGUGGUAGUUAAAUGUGUUGAGGAAUGUCCAUUCUAUCUGAGAAUUAGCAAGACUCCCUCAAGGCCUAUCUGGCAAAUUGUAAGCUUUUCUAACACUCACAAUUGCUGUAGGACUGCUACUAAUAGGCAGGCAAAGACAGUUUGGCUUGCUAAGAAGUUUAUGCAAAUUCUAAGACACACUCCAGAUCUGAAGGUGACUGGCUUGAUAGAGGAGGCAAGGGUCAGGUGGGGCAUUGUGAUAGGGAGGUUCAAGGCAUAUAGAGAAAAGGUGAAAAGUCUGGAGAUGUUGCAUGGUGCAAGUCUGGAGCAAUACAGUCACCUGAGGAAAUAUGCUGCUGAGUUGCUGAGAAGUAAUCCUGGGUCGAUAGUCAUAAUAAAAUCAACAGUGGGAGUACAUGGCCCAGUCUUUGAGAGGAUCUACAUCUGCUUUGAAGCUACUAAGACUGCAUUUGCCAAGCAUUGUAGACCCUUAAUUGGGUUGGAUGGUUGUUUCCUUAAGGGACUCUAUGGUGGUCAACUUCUCUUAGCUGUAGGCAAAGAUGGAAAUAACCAAAUGUUUCCAAUUGCAUUUGCAGUUGCAGAAGCUGAAACUAGGGACUCCUGGACCUGGUUCUUGAACAUUCUUUUACAUGAUCUGAAUAGUGUUAAACUGCAGAAUUGGGCAUUCAUCUCUGACCAGCAGAAAGGAUUGGUGCAUGCUAUUGCUGAUUUGGGUCCAGACACUGAACACAGAUUGUGUGUGAAGCACUUAUAUGACAAUUUCAGGAAGAGGUUCUCAGGAGAAGAGUUGAAGAAUACUUUAUGGUCUGCUGCAAGGGCUAGCACAGAACAAGAAUGGAAAAAAGCUAUGGACAACUUGAAAGAAUUGAAUCAGGAUGCUUGGCUGGAAAUGAUGCAUGUGCCUCCAAAAAUGUGGACAAGAUCAGCUUAUAGCCCACACACACACUGUGAUCUCCAAGUUAACAACAUGUGUGAGGCAUUUAAUAGGUCAAUCUUGGAGCAUAGAGUCAAGCCUAUUAUCACUUUGCUCGAGGGGAUCAAAUUUUACCUCACUAAUCGCAUUGUCAAGCAGAAAGAUCUAAUGCUUAGGUGGAGGAAUAGUCAGUUGUGCCCUAUGAUUCAGCAAAAACUUAAUAUUGUGAAGGAACAUUCAGACAGGUGGAGACCUAACUGGAAUGGUGAUACUGCUGAUGGACUAUUUGAAGUUCAAAGGGACAAUGAUAAGUAUGCGGUGAAUCUAGUGCAGAGGACAUGUGCUUGUAGGAGAUGGGAUCUGACUGGGAUUCCCUGUGUGCAUGUUGUGGCUUGUAUGUGGUAUAAUAACCACAUACCAGAGAAUUAUGUGGACAUUUCAUACAAGAGGUUCACUUUUCUGAAUACAUAUUCCCACAUAAUCCUCCCAAACAAUGGGCCUAAAUUAUGGCCAGAUGUGGAAGCACCGCCUCUGAAUCCCCCUUAUGUGAGGAGGGCCCUAGGAAGGCCCAAAAAACAGAGGAACAAAAGAAAUGAUGAGCCUAGGAACCCUAAUAGGAUGAGGAGGAUUAGUUCAACUGUGAGAUGUAGAAGGUGUGGAGAGCCUGGACACAAUAAGAGAACCUGUAGAGGCAAAAUAGCAGCUGAUAGAACUAUCCCAGUUGGAGGGAAUCAGGAUAAUCAUCAGGUUCUUCAACCUGAACAGAGAAGAGGUGCUGGAAGAAAUGGUAGGAAGGCAUUUCCUUCAGGGCCUGGUGAAACCUCCUCAUCUCAAUUCUCAAGCACAGGCUCCUGCAGCUUCCCAACCCCCUGCAACAUCACAACCCCCUGCUCCAGCUACACCUGUUACCACUUCCCAACCACCAACUGCUGGAGCAUCAUCUUAGCCCCAACAAACUGGAACUGCCACUUCAUCUCAUGCCAAUGCUUCUGCUUCAGGGACUCAACCUGCACCAAGGAGGAGAGGAAGAAAGAGGAACUUACAAGCUACCCAGUAGUGUUUUGUUUGUAAUAGUUGGAUUAAGAACUAUUUUGUGUACUGAAUUAGGUCAUUUUCGCUUGUAAUGAACCUAUUGGAAUCACUUAUGUUUUGAGGGUGUCAUUGCUGGUGUUUUGGAUGGUAGAAGUUUAGAAUGAUGGCUAGAAUGAUAUUUUGUAGGUCAUUUUCAGUUGUAAUGAACCUAUUUGGCUAACUUUGGAUGGUAUUUAGCCUGGUAUUUAUGUGAACCUAUUUGGAUGGUAUUUAU